AUGGGAGUUCCAGUACGGCCGCGUUUGUCGAGGCAGCUCUUCGCCCAACCAGUCACAGUCGUCGCCGCUGUUUUCGCCAGCCUCUCGCUCUUGUCGCAUGCGACGGCCGCCGCGUCGUCCGGCAAGAAAUGCGACGUCACUGUCGGAUCAUGGGUUCCUUCGUCGAAGUAUCCGCAGUAUCAGAACGACUGUCCGUACAUCACGGAUAACUUCAACUGCAUCAAGAACGGACGGCCGGAUGGCGACUUCCAGCACCUCAUUUGGAAACCCAGCGGCUGUGAUCUGACCAUAUUCGAUCCCAAGUCAUUUGCGGCUCGAUUCGUGGGCCAAGCGGUUGCUAUUGCGGGUGACAGCACCGGACAGUACCUCUACCAAUCACUGCGAUGCCGGAUUAGCCAACACUACACUACAGAGGACUGGGAUCCGAAACUCGCUGGGUGGACGGGCCAGGGCUUUAAGGUGAAGCUGCUGGGCACGCGAGUCCUUCUGGUGGACACUCCGUUCCUCAUGGAGGCAUGGCCGGAUGUGGAGGUGAGCAGUAAGAAUGUGCCAUUGGUGUGCUUUGCACCAGUCAUGGCUGCUGCUGCCAUUCCGAAGUCCGAGUCAUUCUGGUGGAGCUCCUUUCCUCAUGGAGGCCUGGUCGGAUGUGGAGGUGAGAUUUUCUGCUAUGUUGCAUGGUAA